AUGGGUGACAGUUUCAACAUCUCCGGGGAUGUUCAACACUCACAGGGUUAUGUCACGUUUGGAAAUGACAUUGAUGUAACUGCGGACUGGACCUCUGUCCCCCUUAGAAUCAUGAUCUCCAUGGGGGACAGUCUUGUUUGCGUAACAGGGUUAAUUGGAAACGUCCUCGUCCUCUUUAUCAUGAGAGUUAAAGAACCCAAACAGAGCGCAUCUAUUAAUUUCUUUAUUGUUUAUUUAGCCAUUACAGACAUUCAGUUUGUUGUAACUUUGCCUUUCCGGGCUCUGAAUUCCGGGCCGUUUGGAGACGCCAUGUGCAAAUGUACAGUGAUGAUCAUGUACGCCAGCGUGUUUUUCCUCAAUGCUAUGAACAAAACCCGACACUGCUCCGUGACUUCGGCGACUAGGAACCGGGUCCGUCUACCUCAUGCGUGCUGUGUCAAAUGGGUAUGCGCGUUAGUAUGGAUCGUUCCAACAUAUAUUUUCUACUGCUUACCCAAGUUUCCUGCUGGACACUACUGGCUGGCUUUUUAUCAUAAUAUCCUGGUUGCUUUUGUUUUUCCUAUGUGGAAUCUUUCGGUGUCCUGUGUGAUGCUUUAGAGAAUAUUGCGAAAGAGAAGUAUGAAAAGUAGUCAUCAAAAGCGAAGGAUUCGUGUCACCAAAUCCCUCACAGGUGUCUUCCUCUCCUUCUCUCUGUGCUGGAUGCCGAACCAUGCAAUAACAUUUUGGGGUGUGUUGGUCAAACUUAGCGUCAUUUACUUGGAUGAGACAUAUUGGUUUAUCUAUACAUAUGUAUUCACCGUGACUGUUUGUUUGGCGCAUACUAAUAGUUGCUUAAAUCAGUCUAUAUGGGCUCCAGGCGUUUAUUAUGGCAACCACCUGACAGGGGCGCCAAAAAAGUUCGACACAGUAGAAACGCAGCGCGGCGCCUUCACCCUGCGUGAAUGA